UAACAGUAACCUCCCAUUACCAGCAAAACCAUUUCUGAUGCAGAGCAGGAGGCAGAGAGAACAGAAGCCAAGAGUGCCGAGCAGCCAUGGCCUCUGUGACACCCGUAGAGGAAAUUGAAGAUGAAAUCAAAUGUCCCAUCUGCCUGAAGUAUCUGACAGACCCAGUGUCCAUACACUGUGGGCACAACUUCUGCCGAGUCUGCAUCACUCAGCACUACGAAACGUGGGCAGAGGGGGACUAUGACCCUGUGUGCUGCCCCAACUGCAGAGCCCUCAUCCGGAAAGGGACUCUCCGGCCCAACUAUCAGCUAGCAAAUAUAGUUGACAAAAUUAAACAAAUGGAUUUAAAACCAGGAAAAGAGAAAUUGUGUGAGAGACACAAUAAAACCCUGGAUCUGUUCUGUGAAGAGGACGGGGAAGCCUUGUGUGUGGUUUGUGAGAGAUCCCCAGAGCAUGGUGCUCACACAAUGAUUCUCAUGGAGGAGGCUGCCCAGAAAUACAAGGAAAAGAUCCAGGCCCACUUGGAGACUCUGAGGGAAGAGAGAGAAAAGCUGCUGGGAUUUAAAGCGACUGGAGAGGGAAAAAGUCAGAAGUAUCUGAUGCAGACACAAACCGAGAGGCAGAAGAUUUUAUCUGAAUUUCAGCAACUGCAGCAGUUCCUGCAGAAACAAGAGCAACUCCUGCUGGCCAGGCUAGAAAACCUGGAAAAGGAGAUUUUGAAGAUACAGAAUGAGAAUGUCACUAAACUCUCUGAGAAGAUUUCCUGUCUCCGUGACCAGAUCAGUGAGCUGGAGGGGAAGUGUCAGAAGCCAGCCAAUGAAUUCCUGCAGGAUUUCAGAAGCACCUUGAGCAGGUGUGAGAAGGGGAAGUUCCAGCAGCCAGUGGAGAUUUCUCCUGAGCUGGAAAAGAGACUUAGUGAUUUCUCCCAGAAAAAUAUUGCUGUAAUGGAGACUCUGAGAAAGUUCAAAGACACUCUGUGCUGCAAACUGGAGACAGAAAGAGAGAAAUUACUACGAUCCUUCAGACCAGUGAAUGUGACUCUAGAUCCAGACACGGCUCAUCCCGUCCUAGUCCUGGCUGAUGAUCAGAAAAGUGUCAGAUGGGGAGACACACGGCAAGAUCUACCAGACAAUCCUAAGAGAUUUGACACUGAGCUCUGUGUGCUGGGCUGUGAGGGAUUCACCUCGGGGAAACAUUCCUGGGAAGUGGAGGUGGGGGAUGAGGGACACUGGGCUGUGGGGGUCGCCAGAGAAUCUGUAAGAAGAAAGGGAGGGAUCAGCCGUAACCCUGAGGGGGGGAUCUGGGCUGUGGGGCAGUGGGGGGGUCAGUUCAAAGCUCUCAUCUCUAUGGAGACCCCACUGCCCCUGAGCUGGGUCCCCAAAAGGAUCCAGGUUUUUCUAGACUGUGAGCAGGGGCAGGUGACAUUUUUUGAUGUUAAUAAGGAGGCCCCGAUCUUCACUUUCCCACCAGCCUCCUUCACUGGGGAGAGAAUCCGUCCCUGGCUCUGGGUGUGGGGAUCCCAGAUCAGAAUAUUUCAGAGUUACAGGGGGAAUAGCCAUUGGGGACCCUGAAAUCAUCCUCUCUAGCCUCACACACCCUCGUCACCAUGACCCUGGAGGACUUCUCUCUUCCCCAAGACUUUCUGCAGUGCAGUCUCAAGGACCCUGGAUGCUCCAUGGGCUCUCAGGUCUGGACUGUCAAACCACAGGGAUCAGGGAGAAGCCAAUCUCAUCACCCCAGGGAUUGUCCAAUCUGUUUCUCAUUGUUCUCUAUGGUCCAGGAGGAUUCUGGGGAUCCUUGGUCACAGAGUGUCAUGGAAACAUGGGAGAACUAGGCCAAUGGAAAUGAAAAAAUAGGCUUCUCUAGCCACAGUCAUCCUAGUGUCUAUGACCUUGGAGGACUGUCAUCUAACUAACCCCUCACUCAUCUCUCUGACUGUGGAGGACUCCUGUCUUCCCAAACCCCAGUACCUCAUCUCCCCCCUCACUGCCAGGAGCAAAAGAGAUGGGAAGGGGGAGGCGGUGAAAAACUCUUGGAGCUGCAGAAGGAGUAGAUAUACCAGGAGGGGCAGAGGUAAAUGGUCAAAACUGAUGGAGUUUCAGGGUGAGAAGUGAUGUGGGAACUGGUGCCUUAAUUAAUAGCUGGGCUGGGGAACAGGCAGAUGUGGGGUGGCAGGAACACAACAUGAAUUAAUUGGGGUUUGGGGAGUAGCUGGAGACUCUGCAUCAGCAGAGAGAACCUGGGAGAGGGAGACCCAGGGACUGAGGAGUGUGACCUCCAGGCCACCAGGGAAGGGAUGCUGCUGUGGGAAGGAAUUGGGGGUGGUGUGAUGUCAUCUGGAUGAAUGUGAGCUGGCUCUUUGGAGGGGAGAAGGACAUACAGGGCAGGUUUAACCAGAAAGGAGAGACGAAAUGAAAGUGAAAAAAAUAAAGUGAAACGAGUAAAGGGAGAAGCCUGAGGAAAGUGGCAGAAACUGAAAUGAAGAGUGAAAGCAAAACAAUCCUGAGAAGGGAAAACGCUCAGAGGACACAGAGGGGAAAGGAAAAACUCAGGGGAGAGAACUGGGAACCUAAGGUGGAAUGAUCUAUGAAUGUGACUAGAGAAGAACUAAGGAGAUACAGAGACAUAGAUGGAAAACGUGCUAUAAAAAACGAUGUGUAGAACUGGAUAAAGUAAAAGGAAAGGGUGAAGAAAAGAGAACACAAGAGGGAUACGGAGAUUUAUAAAAUGCUGCUGAAAGUCAGACUGGUUAUGAAAAUUCCCUCUCAGCUCCUUUUGAGCCUGACAUUUACUUAAGAGAAAUGAAGCAUAUUUUUUCCUUGUUUAUUUCCCAGUUGUAAUUUUGAAGGCAGUCAUGAGAUUCCCCCUCACCCUCAAUGGUUGUGUCACCCCAACAUCAAUGAGG